GGUCCUGUAGAAGCCCUGGUGGAGUCACAGCUCUUUCCCGCCCCUUGUAUCCCCCUCACAGCCUCGAGGGGCCCCACGACACGUGACUCCGCAUUUUCCGCCCUUUUGUUCCCCUACAGCUUCAGAGGAGCCCCAUAUCACGUGACUUUGCUCUUUCCCGCACCUUUUAUUUCUUCUCAGAGCCUCCAAGGAUCGUCACGUUACAUGACUCUGCCUUUCCCGCUCUUUUUCCUCACAGACUCCAGAGGAGCGGUGGGCAGCACUGUACCAGCCCAUUAAACAGAUUAUUUUCUUGCAAAGUAAACACUCGGGCACAAGUUAUAAAGGUCUUCUAUCUUCUUCCUGCUUCCGACAUGAGAGCUCGGUACAAGACUUGCAUCAAUUGGUGGCCACAGCGGUGUCCCAUCUUGGCCAGUGAUUGGCUGAGCGUGACAGUCCUGCACCAAGGGCACAUCUCGGAAGAAUGAAGAAGAGGCAAACAGAAACUUUGGCGGACCAGUCGUAGUGUAAUCUUACUACGUGUCAUCGUCUACUUCUGGACAAUGUGGCGCUCAGUACACUCCCUUCCGCUUAAACAUUUGUAAUGCUGAGGAUUUGUGCAAUUCCAUAUGUCAUCACAUGGAGACAAUAUACAGAUGUUACUGAUGUCAUACUGCAAAGAUGUUUCCAGUUAUUCCAUUUCUUAAAGGCCGUGUUAGAUGCAAAUUCUUCAAGACUUAUUGGUGACAGCAAAGGGAUCUGGCAGCCGACCCAUUGCCAAUGACAACAGAAAAUCCGAAACUGCUUCAAGACCCGAUAUGUUUCUGACAUGUGUUCACAGCAGAUGUUGAAAAAAUGUUCACUUGGCUCUUGCCAGUUUCCUUCCUUUUAACUUCACAGCCGGGGCAGAAUUCUCUGGUGCCCACCAGUUAUUUACCAGCAAUAGAUCCUUGUAUUGUGGAAGAAAAUCAUUAGGAUGUAUGGGGCACAGAAUUAUGUGCAAGUCACUUUAAAAGUUUGUGUGUGUAAAAACAAAUGAUAUGCACCCUACAGUAAGUCACUAGCUUAGGGCCCAUUCUCAUGGCAGAAUAUCCGCCCAGAGAAAUUCCGGAGGGAUAUUACGUGCGCAGCUGACAGAAAUUUCUGUGACUGAAAUAUCCAUCCCAUCCUAUUUUUUUCUGCAACAUGCGCAUAGAUUUCUGCAAGCCUCACUGACAUGAAUGAAACAUUUACAGACAUCUGCUGUGAGAAUAUGCCCCAAAUCUUCUGCUUUGACCUACUCAAGAUUGGCACAAACCGCACCUGAAAUAUAACGGUGAAGAGCAACCUGCAGCCAGUUAGAAAACGGGAAAUAGAUGGGUGGUGGGAGAUGGAGAUCAUCUUAAAUCCUGGAAUACCCCUUUAAAUUAUACACCGCAGAUUCAUGCUACUCCAUAGUGGCCCUUUACUUAUACAGUAAAAAUAAUUUUCUUCCAGGUUUUAGAUCUUUCCCCAACUUACUGUAUGUGUCUGUAGUUAAAAUGUGACACUGGAGUAACCACAAAUCGCUACCAUGUGUUCUCAGCUCUGCUAACAUCGGCAGAAGUUCUCCGAAUCAGCUACAACAGGGCACAUGAAUGAGCGCGGAGCAGUGUUUAUUCUGGGAUCUCAGACUUUCUUUUAGUGCAAAUAGAUUUAUUUCUUGUCCUGACUAUAUUCUCUCCAAUGAAAAUGUAGUAAAAAAAAAAGCAACUAGAAAACUAUAAAGGAAAAAUGACACAUAGAAAUCUUACCCUGCAAUGGCUGGAUACUCCGGCUGGACAGUCACUAACAAAUUACCAUAGAUUGUUACCAGGUCUGGAAUAUUUUCUAUGCCAAGCGCAGUGGCCCAGAUUUUUGUGCUGUUUAGUAUAAAAUGACAUUAGACAGUCUACAGAAGCGCCAAAUAUAAUCACCAUGGCCAUGCUGUUGGUGCCAGAUCUUUAGACUCUUUUAGCUUUUUAAGCCAAAUUAAAGUGAGUUUAAAAAAAAAAAUGUAUAUAUUUUUCAGCAUUUUGUCACAAUUUAAGGUACGCCCAUUUCCCCUCCUUCCCCCUUCACUUUUAGUAGCAAAACUGGCAACAGUCCUAAAUAGCCACUGGGAAGGGGAUAGUGCACAUACUUUUACUGUGCAUUCUAAUUUUGCGUCCGCAGCUGCUGAAUAGUCGUAGAGGUGGCUCUUCUCCUGGGCUACCUAAGGAUUGACAGCUCUAGCUUUUUUCUGACUGGAUACUACAUCUGUCAUUGGUGAGAAGUGGGGCUGGAGAAUCUCCCAUUACAGAGCUCGGGAAAGAGUCCGCCUCUCUGACUUUAUAGCAGCUGCGGCCGGGCCAUUAAAAUGUUCAGUAACUUGGCAAACACUUUAUAAAGCUUGGCGCACAUUUGCAUCAGAGCUUCAUCACAGAGUUCAUUCAUGACAUAAAAACUGAGCUGAAUGGUCCAUUUCAUGACACAUCCCAUUGAUAUUAAUGGGGCCAUCCGCUUUGUCUGGUGUCCGGUUAUUAGCUGCAAUUCUGCUGAAAAAAACAAAUAGCUUGCAAUAUUUUUUCUCCGCUCGUGUCCCGCUGUUGCAAAUGAUUCUGCGAACAGAGCUGCGACACAGAUGUGCAUUUAGGCUUGAACUUCAUGCUCCAGUUCCAUCCAGGGCUGACUGCACAUUGACUAGCGGCCAUCGUAUCAGGUGACCAGCAGACCUGGAAAUGCAGCUUUGGAUGAGACUGGUGUGUGCCACAUUUCAUACUAAACCUAAAGUUUUUAACCUAUUUAAAAGUUUUUACUGAAAAUGAUAUACAUAUAAAAGCGGACCCAAUGCAACUUUAGCAACACAAUGGAAUCUUACCCCCUAACCUAACCUCCUUCAUUAUCUUUAGUUGAUUUAUUAUAGCCAAUCAUCCUUCUGCCAUAUUGCUUGUAGAAAUUACACUGGUGUCCCAUCAAAAUCUGGCAGCGAGGCAGCACCAUAAUUGGGCACCAUGCUUCAGAUGUGAGGGGAUAGAUGUAUUCUACUGGGAACAGGCAAGGAAUAGUAUUUCCCAAGCAGUGUGCCUGUCCGCUGUCCAGGAAACAAGGACACCUAAAAAAGAAAUCAUCACAAGGGCAGGGCCCAAGCCCCGUUUCUAGUCUAUGUGUGCAAGUCCUUGGCUGUGGCAAAAUUACAACUCCUAACGCCCAAAACUAGAACUCUGGGCAUGCUGGAGGGACGCAGGUUGAAAGGAUCUCUUGGUGGCAUCUAUGGUUAUUAUUGUCGCCUGACGCAUGGUCUUUUGCUAUACAGUAACAGUAUUGGAGGAUGUUAUAUUCUGAGAACCAGAGCAAACAGCACUGUCUUCAGACAUCACGACUUCAAAUAAGGAAUUGAUCAAAAUCCCUGAUGCUAAAUUAGAUCUAUCACAAUGCAUAGGCCCCUUGUCUACUAUAGGCCCAUAGAUUUGCAAUCUUGUUAUUGCAUUGCGGACUUAUAGCUGUGGUUUGCUAUAGAAAGCAGCAAAACUUUCUUAAAUGGGAGAUGUUUAAUCUCUGGACUCCUUAUUACACAGCCAAAACGCUCGGCUUGGCAUUGUGUGUGGAAAGUUUUAGACAUUAACUCCAGCUUGUUGGAGAAGCUGACGACUGAAACGCCAAUUUCUCUGCUGCUCUUUUCUUAACAAUAACAAACCCCCAGCCAUUUAAUUGAGUUUCCAAAUGUAUGUAGAGCGCGUAAGACCUAUACAAGAGCAUAUUGGGGAGGGUCCUCAUCAUUGUCCGCACCAUGAUGAAACCCAGACUAAUGGUGGAGUCUAGAUCUGGACAUGUAGUGGAAGCCAGCCCCUGCUCAGUGAUUUGGCAGCCAAUAUAUUGCAAGUCCCAUGAUACGUAAGACAUUAGAAAAGAAACCCACAUAUGUAACUUCUCUAUCCUGCAAAGAUUUAUGAAAAUUCCUACUGCAUUAUAAAUCUAUAUUUCUGUGGCUACAGACUAUCAUCUACAAACCACUGCGCUAUAGUUAGGCUGCUAAUAAUUGUAUGUUACACUGGAAGCAUAUAAAACCUGUGCUGAAUAUGUCGUUCUGACGAUCUGCAUGUAGGAACAUUCGGCGGAUUUAUUGAUUUUGUUUAUGAAAUUCAGUUUAGGAGUUUUACAUCCAAGUAAAGUAAAUCCAUAAUACUUCAUGUAAACAGGGAUGAUGAGAGUGAUACAUUGUGAGAUAGGAUGCGACAACAGUGCAGUACAUGCGGAAUUCCGCCGAAAGAAUGAACAUGUUCAUUGUUUUGGUGGAGCCUGGAAUGCUCAAAUUCUGUGUAAACAUUGCUAUAAGGAGAAAAUAUCUGAAGCAUUUCAGAAUUUCUUAAAAACACAUUUUUCCUAGGAGGAUGUUACUGCUGCUUUAAAUACUCAAAGAUUGUUCUGAGCAAAAAAAAAAAAAUAAUUUUUAUAAAAUUCAUCAUCAGCAUAUGCAUUCUUUUUACAUUUUGUAGUACUCCCAAAAAAAUAAAAUAAAAAAAACAUCAAAAACAUGAUCCUUAUCAUGAUCUGUGUAACACAAUGAAAAUUCAAUAUUAAUAAAAAAAAAAUAAGCAUAAAAAGUAUUGUUUUCUCACCACCUUCUAUGUGGGGAGAAAUGUUUAAGGCUUCCUCACGCUUUUUUAUUUAAAAUCUUUAGUAAAUAGAUUUAGGCCCUUAUUUACUAAGAGUAGAGUGUAGGUUUCUUUGUGGGUUUUAAUUCCCUACAAUUUAUUUUCCACGGUAUUUUCUAAUGUUUCCCUACAUUUUCCACUUUCCCUACACUUUGCUUUUUUUACACAUGCUCUGAUCUGUAGGGUUUUCCUCAGCUUAAGUCCACCACAUUUUAUGUGGAAACCUUAGUAAAUAUGUUGUUUUUUUGUGAAAAUGUGGGAAACACGCCCCUUUUCAGAGACCACGCCCCUUUCACAGCAGCCACGCCCCUUUUCCGGGUUUUCUUCGCUAAACGGAGAGUUAGUCGGGGUUUUUUCAAUUCUGGCGCAAAUUCUGCCGCAAAAUCUGGCGCUGACAGAAUUUCUGGCGCACAACCAGACAAAACUUGUUGGGUUUGCAAUAGUAAAUGAGGGCCUUAGUGUUGGAAAAACCAUGUAGUCACACUUCUAUGGGUUUUCUAGUGAUUUUGAUGUGGAAGUCGGGUUGUAUUUUUCUAAAGCGCACAGCAUACACAACCCAAAAUAAAAACACAUCUGGGACACAAUAGUAAAUUAGGACAAUUGUAUGUGAGCUACAGAGAUUAAACGGUGAGGGAUGAUGGACCUUAAUAUGUUAAAGGGGACCUGUCACAAGUUAGUUGCCUGCCCUCACAUUUCAUUUGGGAACACCUCCGGCUGACACAGCAGGCUGAUUGACAAUCCAGGUUCCUGCACAGAGCCCUAUUUGUCCUGCCAUGCUCCCUGUAUUUUGUCUCAACACAGAGACACACAGUCAAUAGCUACAAUGGUGGAGCCCCUAGUGUGUUAUUUUAGAGAAAUCUGGGAAUCUACUGACAAGCAUUUGUACAAUAUGAGGAGAAAUGAGUCACCUUAAGAGGAAAGAACGGGCCUGAGCCUAUGGCAAGAAUGACUUCUGCUUCUGAGACGAUGUUAGUGGUAUCUGCCAUUAACAGAAAGAAGUCAAAUCUGUACAAAACAAGAAAGAAGAGCGCUCCAUAGCGUAAAACCGCCACUCCAGGGUCCAAUUUAAAGUGAUUGUCGGUAAUAUUUUCAUGUACAGGGAGAGGGUCAGGUAGCAUUUGUUCAGCGCUGAGUAAAGCAAUCAUUUUUAUUAUUGCACAAAGACAUUAGGCUGGUUGGAAGCCCGAAGAAGUUUUGUCAUUGUGACCCUGCAGUCUUGCUCGCCAGGUCUGACAGUGAACCAGCAGACGUUUUGAAGGUUUUAGAUUUUCAUAAUUUACCCGAUGGAGUCAAAAAGACGACAGGGUUUUGUUCGAACAGAAAAUCAUCAAAGGGACCAGAUGUGGCAUACAGGGUGUCCAAAAAUGCACAGCUAAGCGCCCCUACCAAGCAGUUGUUUCCAGAAACCCCAUUCCCAGAAGAUUUUUCCAUUUUGUUAACUGUGAAACCCAAAAAGGGAAGCCAGUCGUUUCUGAUGUCCAUUUACAAUGAGCAAGGAAUCCAGCAGAUCGGAGUAGAGCUGGGAAGGUCUCCCGUGUUCCUGUUCGAAGAUCACUUAGGAAAGCCCGGCCCCGAGGACUACCCUCUCUUCAGCGGCAUUAACCUUUCUGAUGGCAAGUGGCAUCGGAUAGGGAUCAGCGUCCACAAGAAACAGGUGACACUUGUUCUGGAUUGUAAGAAGAAGGUGCAGAGGCCUCUUGAGCGCAGUGAACACUCCAUCAUUGAUACCAAUGGCAUUGUUGUGUUUGGCACCAGAAUCUUAGAUGAAGAAGUCUUUGAGGGAGACAUUCAGCAGCUGUUAAUCGUUUCGGAUCAUCGCGCCGCAUUCGAUUAUUGUGAACACUACAGCCCAGACUGUGACACCGCCGCUCCCGAUACCCCCCAAUCUCAGGACCCCAACCAAGAUGAAUAUUAUCCAGAAGCUGCAGAGGGAGACGAAGGCUACUACUAUGAAUACCCGUAUUAUGAAGAUGAAGAUAAACCCGCUACCGCCAAGCCCACCCAAGCAACAGGCGAGGAAGUUGUGCGACCACAGCCGGACUUUGAAGAGGAAGAAACUCCAGCGCCCACCGACGCCCCGGCUAUCGUUGUUACCGAAGCUGCCAUUGUGGAAUCCAUCGUGGAGAGCAAAGCGGUGGACCCCACAACUUACGAGUAUAACUAUAACGAGAAGGAAUACUACUACACCGCGCAACCGGAUGAAGAAACCGUUUAUUCUGAAGGGGACGGAACUGAGUAUAAUGGGAACAUCGAUGAGGCCUCCGUGGAUAGAACUGUGGAAGUCGUCACUAGCACCGUGACCGUGAUCAGCAACUCAAGCGGUAACACUGACAGUGAUGCAGACUCAAGGCGCCAAGAAAACACGGAGGACGUCUUCACGGAGGAAACGAUAGACAGCUAUGACACCAUCUACGACUACCCAGAUUUUACUCCUGAAAAUGAUAUAAAGGGCUCCCCAGCCAUUACUGACAGUGAAUACCAGGUGGGAGGAGGCGCAAGAGGCGAGAAGGGACAAAAGGGAGAACCAGCCAUUAUUGAACCGGGAAUGCUGAUUGAAGGUCCCCCUGGUCCAGAAGGGCCCGCUGGUUAUCCUGGGCCGCCUGGUACCUCUGGUCCCCCUGGUCCUUCUGGUGACCCCGGUGAAAGGGGACCCCCAGGAAGAGCAGGACUUCCAGGCGCUGAUGGUUUACCUGGACCCCCAGGCACUAUGCUUAUGUUACCUUUCCGAUUCUCAGGUGGAGGAGACGGUUCCUCCAAAGGACCCCAAUUAUCUGCACAGGAAUCCCAGGCUCAAGCCAUUCUACAACAAGCCAGACUGGCCUUAAGGGGUCCCUCCGGUCCGAUGGGACUUACUGGAAGACCUGGUCCAAUGGGAGCUCCAGGUCCUUCAGGGUUAAAGGGGGAAUCGGGUGACUUGGGCCCACAGGGUCCUCGAGGUUCUCAAGGACUUCCCGGCCCAACAGGAAAGCCUGGACGGAGGGGCCGAGCAGGAAGCGAUGGCGCUCGUGGUAUGCCAGGACAGACCGGAUCUAAGGGUGACAGAGGAUUUGAUGGUUUAGCGGGUUUACCUGGAGAAAAGGGUCAUCGUGGAGAACCUGGUCCCCACGGACCUCCCGGAUCACCAGGAGAGGAUGGCGAGAGGGGCGACGAUGGAGAUGUUGGACCUCGUGGAUUGCCAGGUGAACCUGGACCACGAGGUUUACUAGGACCAAAGGGACCUCCCGGGCCCCCAGGACCUCACGGUGUUACUGGCAUGGAUGGUCAAGUCGGACCUAAAGGUAGUGUGGGGCCACAAGGAGAGCCAGGGCCUCCCGGGCAGCAAGGAAACCCAGGUGCACAGGGUCUCCCCGGUCCUCAGGGUGCGAUUGGGCCACCAGGAGAAAAGGGUCCAUUUGGAAAACCUGGUUUGCCUGGAAUGCCGGGAGCAGAUGGUCCUCCUGGUCAUCCAGGUAAAGAAGGCCCCUCAGGAGAGAAAGGAACCCAGGGACCUGCUGGACCUCAAGGACCAAUUGGGUAUCCGGGACCACGUGGUGUCAAGGGAGCUGAUGGAAUCCGAGGUUUGAAGGGAACAAAAGGAGAGAAGGGUGAAGAUGGAUUUCCAGGAUUUAAGGGGGACAUGGGACCCAAAGGAGACAGAGGUGAAAUUGGAGCCUCUGGCCCCCGAGGUGAAGAUGGCCCUGAAGGUCCAAAGGGAAGAGGCGGUCCUAAUGGAGAGAACGGUCCUCUUGGUCCUGCUGGGGAGAAGGGAAAACUCGGUGUUCCCGGAUUACCAGGUUACCCAGGAAGACAAGGUCCGAAGGGAUCCAUCGGAUUUCCCGGUUUUCCAGGCACAAAUGGAGAGAAGGGUACAAGAGGAACCCCUGGCAAACCAGGUCCAAGGGGGCAACGAGGUCCAACGGGUCCACGUGGAGAAAGAGGUCCAAGGGGAACAACGGGAAAGCCAGGCCCCAAGGGUAACUCUGGAGGGGAUGGCCCCGCUGGUCCUCCUGGUGAAAGGGGACCACCCGGACCUCAAGGACCCACUGGAUUUCCAGGACCGAAGGGCCCCCCUGGUCCACCAGGGAAGGACGGACUCCCCGGACACCCCGGCCAGAGAGGAGAGACUGGUUUCCAAGGAAAGACGGGUCCCCCAGGUCCCCCUGGAGUUGUUGGUCCCCAGGGUCCAACUGGAGAAACUGGUCCAAUGGGUGAGAGAGGACAUCCAGGUCCCCCUGGUCCACCUGGUGAGCAGGGAUUACCCGGCCUGGCUGGAAAAGAAGGAUCAAAGGGAGACCCCGGCCCAGCAGGUCUUCCUGGUAAAGAUGGACCCCCAGGUUUGAGAGGUUUCAGCGGUGAAAGAGGUCUGCCAGGUCCUCUUGGUGCUCCAGGAUUGAAAGGCAGCGAGGGCCCCCCAGGACCACCAGGCCCAGCAGGUUCUCCCGGUGAAAGAGGUGCUGCCGGUCCAGCCGGACCAAUAGGAUUGCCAGGAAGACCAGGUCCUCAAGGACCACCAGGACCUUCCGGGGAAAAGGGCGCUCCAGGAGAAAAAGGUCCUCAGGGGCCUGCAGGGCGCGAUGGUAUCCAAGGUCCCGUUGGUCUCCCAGGGCCUGCCGGUCCAGUCGGCCCACCAGGGGAAGAUGGAGACAAGGGUGAAAUCGGUGAGCCGGGCCAGAAGGGAAACAGAGGAGAAAAAGGAGAACAGGGUCCACCUGGACCAUCAGGACCUCAGGGCCCAAUCGGUCAGCCUGGUCCAUCUGGAGCCGAUGGAGAGCCUGGACCUAGGGGGCAACAAGGUCUGUUUGGACAGAAAGGUGAUGAAGGUCCCAGAGGUUUCCCCGGCCCACCCGGUCCUGUUGGACUGCAGGGUUUGCCUGGACCUCCUGGUGAAAAGGGAGAAACGGGAGAUGUUGGUCAGAUGGGUCCACCUGGUCCACCCGGACCCAGAGGUCCCAAUGGUCCUCCUGGGGCUGACGGUCCACAAGGUCCUCCUGGAGGAAUUGGUAAUCCUGGUCCUGUUGGAGAGAAGGGUGACCCUGGUGAGGCUGGAGAACCUGGUCUUCCUGGAGACCUUGGACCUCCUGGCCCUAAAGGUGAAAGAGGAGAAAAGGGAGAAGCGGGUCUUCAAGGUUCUGCUGGUCCUCCUGGUCCAAAAGGUCCUCCUGGUGAUGAUGGUCCUAAGGGUAGCCCUGGUCCAGUUGGAUUUCCUGGGGAUCCCGGUCCUCCUGGUGAACCUGGACCCGCUGGUCAAGAUGGUCCUCAUGGGGAUAAGGGAGAUGAUGGGGAAUCUGGUCAACCUGGAUCACCGGGGCCUACUGGAGAGCCUGGUCCAUCUGGUCCACCAGGGAAGAGGGGUCCUCCUGGUCCUGCAGGUCCUGAAGGCCGACAAGGAGAAAAAGGUGGUAAAGGUGAAACAGGUUUAGAGGGUCCUCCCGGAAAGACCGGCCUUGUUGGUCCUCAGGGUCCUCCUGGAAAGCCCGGACCUGAAGGUUUAAGAGGAAUCCCUGGACCUGUAGGAGAGCAAGGUCUGCCAGGUUCAACUGGUCCUGAUGGUCCACCUGGUCCAAUGGGUCCUCCAGGUCUACCAGGAUUAAAGGGCGACUCCGGUCUAAAAGGAGAAAAGGGUCAUCCUGGUUUGAUUGGUCUCAUUGGGCCACCUGGAGACCAAGGUGAAAAGGGAGAUCGUGGCCUUCAAGGUCCUCAGGGUGGUGUUGGAUCUAAAGGAGAACAGGGUAUGGUUGGCCCAUCUGGUCCUUUUGGUCCCCCUGGUCCUCCUGGUUUACCGGGUGGACCUGGACCUAAAGGUGCUAAAGGAUCCUCAGGUCCAACUGGUCCAAAGGGAGAAACUGGUAUUCCUGGCCCCCCGGGUCCGCCAGGUCCCCCAGGUGAAGUGAUCCAACCGCUGCCAGUUCAGUCCUCAAAGAGAACCAAGCGUAGUAUUGAUGCCAGCCAGGUGGUCGAUGAAGGAAACGCAGAUAAUAAUUACAUGGACUACGCUGACGGCAUGGAGGAGAUAUUUGGUUCUCUUAACUCACUAAAACUGGAAAUUGAACAGAUGAAACAUCCAUUGGGCACCAAGGGUAACCCAGCAAGAACCUGCAAAGACCUACAGCUAUGUCACCCCGAGUUUCCAGAUGGUGAAUAUUGGAUUGACCCGAACCAGGGAUGCUCUCGAGAUUCCUUCAAGGUUUACUGCAAUUUCACAGCGGGAGGAGAGUCCUGCAUCUUCCCCGACAAGAAGUCUGAAGGAGCUAGACUUACGUCCUGGCCCAAAGAGAAUCCAGGCUCGUGGUUCAGUGAAUUCAAGCGCGGUAAACUGCUCUCCUAUGUGGAUGCUGAUGGAAACCCUGUCGGUGUGGUACAAAUGACGUUCCUGAGGCUUCUCAGCGCUUCCGCCAAACAGAACAUCACCUACAACUGCUACCAGUCCGUCGCUUGGCACGACGCCACCACCAACAGCCACGACAAGGCGAUCCGCUUCCUGGGAUCCAACGAUGAAGAGAUGUCCCACGACAACAACCCAUACAUCCAGGCCAUCAUGGAUGGAUGCGCAGCUAAGAAGGGUUACCAGAAGACCAUCCUGGAGCUGAACACUCCCAAAGUGGAACAAGCCCCUAUAGUGGAUCUAAUGUUCAAUGACUUUGGGGACCCAACACAAAAAUUUGGCUUUGAAGUGGGACCAGUGUGUUUCCUAGGCUAAAAAAAACAAACAAAAACAAAAAAAACUCUUAAUUUUUUUUUUUUAAAGAUAAAUAUACGUAAAUACACAUUUUUUUGAGAAAAAAAGAGGCCAAUAGCAUAACAGGACGCCAAGUUUUCCAAAUGUGCAACCUUCAAACCUCAUCGCAGCCUAUUACUUGUCUCACAUGCACAUUCUUCAGCUGGGACAACGAUGGCCUGGACCACCAACGUAUUAGAAAAAAACCACUCAGUACCCACAAGCCCUGGGAUCACAUGACCUGAACGGCAUCACGUGACGACCAUUAGAAGCACAUGACUGAUUUUCUCCCAGACACACACAAUCCGCUCGUACGGUCACAGGUAUGGAUGGGAAGCAAAGCGCUACAUGUGAGGCGCUCGAAUAGCGUAUUACAGAUUGAUGCCAUUUGGACCACAAAAAACGACCUCCCUCCUCGGUUCUCACUUUCCUAAGCAAACGUCACUUGUCCCUUUGUAUUAAAGGUGCUUUAUAUUUUUGUAUGUAAUUAUUUGUAUUGUAUAUUAUUGUUGUUAUUUUGUUUUUAAAGGAAAAACAAAAAAAGUUGCCUUACCCUAAAGCUUUAAAAUCCUGCAUGUGACUUGGUGCCAAGUAAGUCGGUCCAAUCUGGCAAUAUGUGCAUUUAUUUUUUUCUCUUCUUUUUCUUUUAUAAACAAAACAAGUGGUACGCGCCUGUGUUCCUUAUUUCCACUUUCGUUGAAUACAUUUAAAAUUAAGGGAUCAAAUUUAGAGGCCAUACAUUUUCUUUCCUAAAAAUCUAGAGGCCAACGCUUUACACUCUAUGCUUGAGUUUCCCAACCAGUAUGCCUUAAGUUGCUGCAAAACUACAACUCCCAGCAUGCCCGGACAGCCAGUCCGCAGACUCACACACUAUAAGCCGCACAGGGCUGCACAUGGCUGGUAGUUGUUGUUUUGCAACAGCUGGAGGCACCCUGGUUGGGAAAGCACUGCUCUAUGCAAUUUACUAAGAAGGUCCUUAGCCAAAUAGUCACACACCCCCCCCCCACCCACCCCAAAAAAAAAAAAACCACAAGCUAACCCGCGUCCAACAACUCAGACUGCUAGGUCACACAUUUGUAUAGAACAGAGAUUUCAGAAAUAUAUUUUUUUAUAUUUUUGUAAUUGAUCAUUGAUUAUAAUAAUAAUAAUCAUCCCCAGCUGAUAGGAAGACAUUUGGGGUAUUGUGACGGGGGCUUCCUCUCUGUACAGUAUUAUCACCUCCUCAGUUUUACCUCCAUGUUGCCUCGUCACAGGGUGGGAGUUGCCCUUGAAUAAAAAUCUUGUCAGAAAUAGGUGCUAUGUUGUUCAGUUUUUUCUGUGGUGCUAUUUUAUUUUUUAUUAUUUUUUAUUUUAUUUGUUACUUUCUGACAGCGCUCCACUGGGGGGCUCUCCGCCACUAUCCCCUGUCAGACGUAUCCUGCACUAAUCGCUCGCUACGAGAUAUAAUGCAUGUUUCUUUUCAUGUUUCAUUUGAUAAUGUAGAUAAUGGAAAACGGUAAUGAUGAUAAUAAUAAUAAUAAUAAUAAAAAAAGGAAAACCAGAAAGACUGAACUCUAUUGUGGUAGCUUCCCAUGUAGCCUCCUCCAUGUCUAUGUUAUGUAAUGAUUCCAGGUCUAUAGUCACAUGCUCAUUGUGGUGCUAACUUAUCUUGUUUGUUUAAAAACUUUCUUUUUGUAUUCUCUUAUGUGCCCCCCCCCCCCCUUAUGAAGCCAAGGCCGGCGAAUGUGCAUAACCAAACUGGUGUUUAAACGGUUCCGAGUGCGGAGAGCAUCUCCAUGACCCGUACUGUACAAGGCCGGAACAUCCGUGCACCUCACUGAACUAAUAAAGUCAAAGGGACAACAAGCGCCUGAAUUUGCCUCUUUUUAUGACUUGACAAAAAAAUUCAGUUUCUUAUCUGCAUUUCGAAUAUCGCUUUGGCCAAUUCCACCGGUUAUAAUAUGCAGAAUGUAGGGUCCAUGUUACAGCUGAAAUACCCAGAACACCCGCAGUGUUUACAGUAGUGGGGGUGCAGCCACCAUAUUACAGCCGUGGGAAACCGGCCCUAAGCAAUGUAGCUAGUUAUUCUUUACGAGUUUUUGUAGGGUUUGGAUGGUCUUAUUUUUUGUAAACAAACUAGUCGACCAUUUAAGAGGUUUUCUCAUGAAGGACUGUUAUUUACAAUUG